AUGGUAGAUGCAUCAUUUAAGCUUCGUAAUGUACUCUGUGAGUACAGCCUCGCUCUGCCUUCUGCUGUCAACCGGUCACUCUAUCCAGACCUUAGGCUUCAAGUUCCCACCUUUCAUAUUUUCGGAAUAACACCAGAAGGGAAGAAAGCUUGCGUGCACGUGCAUGGUUUCCUACCCUACAUGCUACUUCGUGUUGGAGGCAAUUUCACUCCAACUCUGGAGCAACGAAUGCGGGAAAAGAUUAAUCGGAUGAUUCAACGUGAAUUUAUCACGAACCCUGAACAGCUGGAGAAACAAACUACUGACAACUAUGUGUAUAGGAUUGUACCGAUGAUGGCAAAGUCAAUAUACGGUUAUCAUGAAGAAAUGGAGCAAUUUGUCAAAAUAGUCUUUCUGAAUCCAAUGCAUAGAGCAAGACUGUUCACAGCUUUGGCCAAGGAAGUUGAUGAGUUCCCAGUGAUGCAACCGUUCGAGGCGCAUACACCAUUCACCUUGCAGUUUUUUAUCGACAAUUCUAUCUUUGGAAUGGACGAAAUAGUUUUCAAUCGAGUUCAAUACCGCAUAGGUCAUCAAUGUGACUCACAAGAGAUCGUAUUCGGAAAUUUCACAGUUGCGGAUAUUAUGAACGAUGUUUCGCUGCUUUCACCAGCACCUCCUAUCACUUCCUGUGCCGUUGAAUGCGAUGCGCUCGCUUCGAAUAUCAUGAACAAACAGCUACAUUCAUCAAACGUUCAUUCCUGCAAUCCUGGCUUGGAAUAUAUUUGGCGGGAGGAAGCGACGAGAUGUUCUGCGCAAGGUCGAAAACUUGAGGACACCUUUAAUAAUUACACGCCCAGGCCGUACUGGAGAAACAAAGCGGAGACGGAUCUGUUGAGUCAGCUCGAGGAAGUCUCUCGAAUCAUCAGGGCAAACGGAGCAGCAACUCAAAAAGACUAUACGCAGCCAUCUGAAGACCCUGUAGUCCCUGAGCAUCUUCUGAUUGAUAACGAGGAAGAGCUAGACUCAACCAUAGCAUGGACUCAGGAUCUGACCGCGAUUUCAUCUGAAAACAGCAAAGCAGAAGAGGAGCCGAAGGGAGAAGAAGAGCAAGAGGGCAGUGACGAGGAGGAUAUUGAGGAUAAUAUUGCUGCUGAAGAAGAAAUUAUGAAGACACAGAUAAUGGAUAAUAUGAACAAAGGCCAGGAUUAUAAAGAGGAUCAAGCCGAUGCGAUAGAGGAUUUGUUCGGUGAAGACGGCUCUCCAACAAAGCCUUGCAAACGUUUUGUUGAUUCAAGAUGGGUUACGCUUGAUAUGGAUCUUCCUCUUCAGCUGCGAGGGAGCGCUGCUGGAAAAACCUCAGCAUCUUGUGCGUCCGACGUCACAAUCGCUUUUCAGGACGCAAGCUUCCGACCGAUGCCGAUGAACGCUUCACCUGAUGGCACAGCCGUGUUCAGUUCAUCAACGAACGCCGAAGAAACAGAAGAAGUCGACUUGCCGGAAAUCGCACAUCUCAGUGCAGCAAGCUUGGAACUCCUCGUCCUUACACAGACUACUAUGCCGGAUCCGCAGCUCGAUCCUCUUCUUGGAUUUUCAUUCUGCCUUACUUCGGAUGUCUGUCGCACGUUGUCAUCUUCGCUUCACGUUUUUGUCACCACUUUGCCAGUUCAGAAGGUAUGCAAUGAACAUCUGAUGAUGGUGCCUGACGAGCGGUCUCUGUUUGAAAAACUUGUAGAGCUUGUGAAGAAAUCGGAUCCAGAUAUCUUUUUCGGCUACGACACGGUGCGCCUCUCAUGGGGAUACAUUCUCAAAAGAGCUCCUGUGAUUGGCUUUUUGGACUUCCAUUUAAGCCUUGGACGCUAUCCGAGAGUUAUGUGGUUAAAUUCGCUUUUUUCCGUUUUACUUGGGUUUACGAAUAGUCUGAGCAAAUACUCUGGCCACAAAACACCACUGGACCGCCAUUAUGAUCUUCCUGAAGAAAUAGAACCUCCUUGUGGUCGACUAUUGAGAGCGAUUUGGAGGAUAUUACGAUCCGAAUUACAACUCAGGGCUUACGACAGAGGAACAGCCGCUCUGCGUGUUUUGAAGAGGAAGCUUCCCAUACUUGAUGACCGUGCGCUCUGUGCUGAAAUACUAGACACAGAAAAACCCAGAUACUCUGCGGUGGCUGAGUACGUCAACAAGCUCUCACUCCUCAAUAUUUCCCUGCUCAGUGAGAUAAACUGGUUUCUGAAAACAGCAGAAAUGGCUCGUGUCUAUGGAAUUCAGUUCCACGAGGUGUGGAGCCGAGGUUCACAACUGCGAGUUGAAUCGAUGAUGUUCAGACUGGCGCACACUCAAGGCUACGUGCUGCCAUCAGUCACUGUAUCGCAGAGAACAAACAUGGAAGCUCCGGAACAGUUGCAACUUAUUAUGGAGCCAUUCUCCAAAGUAUACUUCGAUCCGGUCAUCGUUUUGGACUUCCAGUCGUUAUACCCAUCUAUGGUCAUCGCUUACAACUACUGUUUCUCAACAGUGCUCGGCAAGGUGUGCGAAUUGGAAAGGAUGGCUCGCGAAAAGGACACUUCUAUAAAACUCGGUGCAAUCAAAUACACAGUGUCGAAAAUGCAGCUAGUAGAAUGUAUCUUGAAGAAGAAACUUCACUGUUCUCCUCUGGCCUCCGCAUUCGUUACUCAAUCACAUCGCAGCGGAAUUUUGCCAACGUUGUUGAAAGAGGUUCUUGGUGCUCGCAUUAUGGUUAAAGCGUCAGUGAAACAUGCUCGUGGCAAGCGUCUUCGAAGAAUUCUGGAGGCACGUCAACUGGCUUUGAAACUUGUGGCAAAUGUCACCUACGGCUAUACAAGUGCUAACUUCAGCGGAAGAAUGCCAUGUGUCGAGGUCGCCGAUGCCAUUCUUGGAAAGGGAAGAGAAACUCUCGAACGGGCGAUAACUCGUGUGAAUGAGGGGAAUUACGGUGGUGCGAAGGUGAUCUAUGGUGACACCGACAGUAUGUUCGUGCUGGUUCCAGGAGCAACCAAAUCCGAGGCAUUCGCCAUUGGCCGCCGUAUUGCCGAUGACGUCACUAAGGACAACCCCACUCCUGUUGUGCUCAAAUUAGAAAAGGUCUACAUGGGUUGUGUGCUGGAGACGAAGAAGCGCUAUGCGGGGUGGAUGUACGAGAACGAAGACGACAAGGAAGGAGUGCUGGAUUCAAAGGGACUUGAAACCAUCCGCAGAGAUACCUGUCCUGUAGUGGCGAAGAUUCUAGAGAAGAGCUUGCAUCUGAUAUUCACACGAAAUUGGCGUGGUCUGAGCGUCUACCUUAACACCAAACUUUCUCGGCUUCGUGACUUACCGUACACUGAUUUCGUUUUUUCGAAGGAGUUUCGAGGCGAAUAUACUGACAACGCUCCGGUUCCUCAGCUGAAAGUCGCACUAUCACUGGCGGCGGGAAGCUCUGCCCACAUUGCCCUUCGUGGGGAACGAAUUCCGUAUAUUGUUACUGAUGGACCACCAGACGCUUCAGUGAUAUCUUGUGUUCGUUCACUGCCCGAGUUCAUUGCAGAUAGGAAUUUACAGACUCACAUAACCUAUUAUGCCUACGCGCACAUUCUUCCUGCUUUACGCCGAGUCACUGAUCUCCUCCAGCUUUCUAUUCGAUGGAACGCUGAAGCUACUUCACCUUGUUUUACCCCUGGUUGCUUAACGGCCAACAGUGAUCCAUGGUGCUCGUUUUGUGUGGAGCUGACGUCAGCCUUUCAGUUUGCAGUGAUGUCGUUGAGCCGUGAAGAACGGCUACAGGCAUUAGCUCGUAUUGCUUGCGGUCACUGCCAAAAACAUCCAUUCUGUGAUAUGCAUUCUUGUCAAAAUCACACAUGCGCUGUUAAAAAAAUUUGGAACUGCUCGAUACGAAGUCGAGCACCAAGCGCCGUACGUAAGCAUCGACUUUUUGCGCACUGCAGUAUCUCAGAAGAUUGA